AUGGGACGACGCAAGGGGCAGUCACGAACUCGAGACUUCGAGCUCAUGAGACUCGCUCCCGAGCUUCAGGUCAAGAUAUUCGAGGCGCUCCCUGACCUCUGGACAGUCGUGGCCCUUCGACUGACGUGCCGGGACCUGAACGCCCUCUUCAUCGCCUAUCGAACACCAAUAGAGGCGUCGCUCAGAGACACCCUUGUCGCCCCAUUCUAUGAGUACUACGACUUCCUCGCCAGCUUGCACAUCCCCGCGUCAGCCAUAAAGCGCCCACCCGCGGGAGGCUGGCCAAACAUCACUCCCGACGCCUGCGCGGAAUUCGGCAAGACCGACUUCGCUGUCGAUGUCUUGCGCCACCUACCCUACAUCGAGGACGACUCCCGCAGCAACCUGCACAACAUCGACUACAAGUGCAAUGUGCUCGACUACUCAACAGCCACGGCCGAGGAUUUCACGGGCGACAACCUGAAGAUGGGCGAGAUCACCCAUGGGUUCGAUGAACCGGUCAGCAAGCACAAGGUGGUCAUCGCCGAGGGCUACGAGAGUGGCGGCAUCGACCUGCUGCUUGACACGAUGACGGGGGAUAUCUUCGAGGAGAUCAUCAGGUGUUGCUCAGGGGAUGUACUACCGGUUGAAGAGUUCUUCGAGAACAGGGUAAGGGAUUCCCGUGGUCUCGUGCAUGUCUUUGUUCCCGGGAAAGACCCUCUCGGGGGAAGUUCCAGCGUUGAUGUGGAACCAUAUGAUGCUGAGGCAGUCGAGGCGAAAGGCGAGCCGAGCAUUCCUGGCGAGCUAUUUGGCUAUAAUCUCAAGGAGCUUGAGUGGGUUCGUCAUCUUUAUAAAAAGUUUGGCUGGCCUGGGGCUGAUUGGCAGAAAGAAGAGGGCUUGAAGGCGAUCACCGAGUUCGUGGAAAGGAGAGACGCUGAGUCUUGA